CCUGGAAAUGGGUGCUUGCUACACACGUUGGUUGUAAUCUCUGUGAUGCAGAGCUCCGUGGUGGUAAUUAUUGUCAAUUAAACUCCAUCGAAGCGCUUUCUUCUGUAUUUUAUUCCUGUAUUUCCCUGUGGUUUACAGAUUAAGAGGUGAUAAAAACAAACAAUCUGUCAAUAUUCAAUUUAGUUAAAAACCAGUCACACGACAAGUGGUUUAUUUAAGGAACAAGGUGUAUUUAAAUGGUUGGUCGUGUAAUAUCACAGUUCUGUGUUAAACCAUUUAGGAUGGAAGACGGACCUGUAUUCUAAGUCUGGCAGCAAUAUGCAGCGGUCAGAAUUCCUGGUGGACCAAUCUGUUAUUUACAACUAUUGAUUGAUCACCUGCAAGUCAACGGGAUAACACCACUUACUGUCCCCUCCAACCGUCAGAAUACGGAAUACACCGCAAAUAUUGGUUCUACGUGCAUCACCAUCUGAUUCCUAUUGAUAAGGUAUUAUUUUCUUGGAGACUCCAUAUCAACUUAGGUUCUUAAUUAACAGGAUGACAUUUACGUGCAUAAUCAUAUGCAAUAAUAUCUUAUUACCUGGUUCUAUUAAGAAGAUUUCCCUUACCUGUAAGCAUAGAUGAUGUUAACCAGCUCAAACUGAGGUAUGACUUGUAAUUCUACAAUGGACUCUGUACAUGAUUAUCAGCUUCAACAAAACAUACUGAUCACAGUGUUGUUUCUGGCAUUGUUCACGGGAUGGAGGGCUUUCUAUGAAAGGAUCAAACGCACCCUAUGUCAGGUGACGGUUGUCGUUAUAGGUGGUGGCCCAGUGGGAUUGUUAUCUGCUUUUCUGGCAUUAAAAUCCAACCGUGCUUCAAAAAUUGUCAUCUUCGAAGAAAAAGACAGAAAAACAUUAUUGAAUGGCCCAUAUCAAUUGACAUUUGAUAUCCAAAGUGUAGAUUAUCUGAAAAGGUGUGGAAUUGAUUUUGAUAACAUUGAAGGUUGUUGCCAUGAUAACUGUUUCACAACAAAAGUUGGUGUUUUUCUGGAGUACAUACUUGACCACCUUUCAUCUCCAAGGGUCAGUGUGCGCUUUUCUUGUAAGUUUGACAAAGAAACGUGUAAGGAGUUGGAUGAAAUACAAGGACGACUACUUGUGAUAGCAUGUGAUGGCAGAAACGGUCAAGCAUCCAGACUGCUUGGACUGGAUGAAUUUUCAGAACAACAUUCCUGUAACGCCUACGGUGCAAUCGCAGCCAUAGAACGCACAGAGGCGAGGGAUGUUCCCACUCCAGAAAAAAGAGUUCAUAAUUUAACAUUUGAUUUAUCAGCUUAUGGCGCAUAUCAUUCCGAAAAUGAUAAUUCCCCCGGAUUUAGUCUCAAAGUGUUCGGCAACAGCAAACAUCGAUAUAUAUCACUAGCCAUCUCCAAAUGUGAAUCACCAGUAGUUAAAGCCCUCAGAACGAUUCUCGAUAGAUCGAUGAUGCGUAACAUUUUCCUGAAAUGCUUCAACCUGUAUAAGAUGGGAUACGAGCAGUCACUAAGUGAAUCCUACGCCCUGAACCAUAUGAAGUUUAGCCCCCGCCUUUUUGAGAUAAAACUUUCCCAGAGAUGCGAAACAGUGGCCUACUUCCACGACUGUGAUACAUUUGUACUAGCGGAGGGAGAGGCGGCCUUAUCAUUUAAUUUUCAUACAGGACUUGACAUAAACCCAGCUAUACGAGGUUUGAUGUCCCUCUCGAAGUUCAUAGAAAUGAUCUCAUUGGCCGAAACAGAACAUUCCAUAUCGAACGCUCUCCUUUUCAAAAUGAGGCAUAAUGAAUUUGUCAGCAAGGAUCUUAUACGCAACGGAUUGCGAGAAUACAUGUUCUCCUGAUUGAUUUUUAGCCUCAACGUACUCAACAAUUUUCCCAAAUAUAUUUUCGAAACUGCCAAUUGACAGAGUUAGUGCCUGCUAAUGACAUAAAAGUUCGGAGCAGAAAAUGGCUCUUGGCGCGGAGGAACCCAGAAAAUCACACAUUCCUGAAAGUUGUGUCAGAUUACAUGUAUAUGUAUUAAAAAUGUUUAAUUAAUUGUCAGUGUGCAUGUAUCUAUUUUUGUUAUUUAUUGGUGAUUUUAAAUAAAAUUUUAAGUUGA